AUGGCUGUCAAAAUAAAAAUGUUAGGCCUACAUGAAAUGUUAGAAGAAUCAGAUUUUAAAGAGCUGAUGAAGCAUAAAAGAGAAAUUCUUAACUUUAUAAAGAAAAUAGAAACACUUCAGUUGGUGGCUGUCAAUAUUUCGAAUUGUAAUGGAACGUGUAAUUACUUAUUCACAGAUGCUUACGUUGAAUAUACGAGGACUGGAGCCUGUGUAUUUUACAAAACGUUGUUUGAAAUAGAAGUUAUAAAACAUUUUAUUGAGAGCGGGGUCUUGCCUGAUGAACUUCCAUGGAAGAAAACGACAGUGCUUAAGUCAUUAACAAUCCUGGCAAGAUGGCUUGCAGAAUUGGAUCAUAACAAGGAAGUUUUGGUGAAAUAUUCUGAUGAAAGUAAUAGCGAGGUAAAAUGGACCAGCGUUCUUACUGCUCAUUUAAUAAAGAAACUUGCACCUGUUAGGUGUGCUCUUUUAAGUGAUACUGGAUAUUCAAAGUUAGAAGAGUGCCCCUGUAAAUGUGGAACACCGUUAGAUUUUGGAGAUACAAGUCUUG